ACCAGUCAGCCCAGCAUGGAUCAGUACAGCAUCCUGGGCAGGAUCGGGGAAGGAGCCCACGGCAUCGUCUUCAAAGCCAAGAACGUCGAGACCGGGGAGACCGUGGCAUUGAAGAAGGUCGCUCUGCGGAGACUGGAGGACGGGAUCCCGAACCAGGCGCUGCGGGAGAUCAAAGCGCUACAGGAGAUUGAGGAGAAUCAGCAUGUGGUGAAGCUGAAGGCCGUGUUCCCCCACGGCGCAGGCUUCGUGCUGGUGUUCGAGUACAUGCUGUCGGACCUGGCCGAGGUGAUCCGCAACGCCCAGCAGCCCCUCACACAGGCCCAGGCGAAAGGCUACAUGCUCAUGCUGCUGCAGGGGGUGGCCUUCUGCCACGCCAAUAACAUCAUGCACCGGGAUCUGAAACCAGCCAAUUUACUCAUCAGCUCUACGGGGCAGCUGAAGAUUGCGGAUUUCGGCCUCGCCAGGGUGUUCUCCAGUGACGCAGGCCGGCUCUAUAGCCACCAGGUGGCCACCAGGUGGUACCGUGCCCCGGAGCUCCUGUAUGGCGCCCGGAAGUAUGACGAAGGGGUGGAUUUGUGGGCUGUGGGCUGCAUUUUUGCUGAGCUGCUGAACAACUCGCCCCUCUUCCCCGGGGAGAACGACAUCGAGCAGCUCUGCUGUGUACUCCGGGUGCUGGGGACCCCCAGCCCACGCGUCUGGCCGGAGAUCACGGAGCUGCCUGACUACAACAAGAUCUCGUUCAAAGACAACCCGCCCAUCCCGCUGGAGGAGGUGCUGCCCGACGCCCCCCCACAGGCCCUGCAGCUGCUCAAGCGCUUCCUGGUCUACCCUUCCCGGGAGCGCGUGAGGGCAGCCCAGGCAUUGCUGCAUCCCUAUUUCUUCACCCCCCCGCUGCCCGCCCACCACUCGGAGCUACCCAUUCCCCAGCGGGGGGGCAGGACGGCCCGGCAGGGACCCCAGCACCAGCGCGACUUCCACGUCGAGCGGCCCGUGGAAGAGUCUGUGGUGGACCCUGAAUGGGUGGCCCCUUAUGUGGUGUGA